AUGUGGAGGGGCGCAGAGGACGGCGCCCGCUGCUGCUCCCCAGACCGCGGGGACCCGGGCCUGACGCAGCUGCUGCGGGCGGCCGGGGACGACGUCCGCAAAUGCGGCUACCUGCGGAAGCAGAAGCACGGCCACAAGCGCUACUUCGUGCUGCGGGCGGCCGGCCGCCUGGCCCCCGCGCGCCUCGAAUACUACGAGAGCGAGAAGAAGUUCCGCAGCAGCCUCCGCGCCGCCGCCGCCGCCGCUGCCCGGUCCUCGGCGGGCGCCGCCGCCAGCGCGCCCCCCGCCGUGCAGCCCAAGCGCGUUAUCCCCCUGUACCAGUGCUUCACGGUGAGCCGCCGCGCCGAUGCCAAGCACCGCCACCUCAUCGCCCUCUACACCAAGGACGACUACUUCGCCAUGGUGGCCGAGAGUGAGCAGGAGCAGGAGAGCUGGUACCAAGCGCUGAGCCUCCUGAUGGGCCAAAGCAAGACGCGCAGCUCCGGCACCGGCACCGGGGACGGCGAAGACGGCACCACCGGAGCCCGAGCCCGAGCCGCGGUAGGUGAGGAGGAAGAAGAUGAUGGAACCUUCAAGGAGGUGUGGCAGGUGCAGGUGAAACCCAAGGGGCUGGGCCAGACCAAGAACCUGAGCGGCAUCUAUCGCCUGUGCCUGUCCAGCAAGGAGGUGCACCUGGUGCGCCUGAACGCAGAGGUGCCCAGCGUCCAGCUGCAACUGCUCAGCAUCCGCCGUUGCGGCCACUCGGAGCACUUCUUCUUCCUCGAGGUGGGCAGGUCGUCCUCCAUCGGCCCCGGGGAGAUCUGGAUGCAGGUGGACGACUCGGUGGUGGCUCAGCACAUGCACGAGACCUUCCUGGAAACCAUGAAAGCCCUCAAAGCCUUUGCCGACUUCAGGCCCCGAAGCAAGAGCCAGUCCUCCUGCACCAACCCCAUCUCUUUCCUUUCCACCAGGAGGCACCUGGGCUACCUGCAGCCCUGUCUGGGUAUGUCCCGCCGGUCCCGCACCGACAGCAUGGCCAGCACCCCGCCCUCCUGCAAGGGCAACACCUAUCGAUUCCGUACCUCCAGCGAGGGCGAAGGCACCAUGGACAGACCCUUCAGAACGGUCACCGGAAGCCUGAUGCAGCUGAACCCUGGCCGAAUGAAUAUCCCCCGGCCCGAAGGUGGCAGGUACGUUCGAGCGGCGUUCAACGCCUGCUGUCAUGCUCGCUCUGCCUCCCUGCCGGUGUCUCCCUUUCCCUCCGGGACCAGCCCGGCCCCAGAUGCCGUGGCCAGGCCUUCGAGCUCAAUGUGCGGGUCCCCGGGUGACGGAAGCUUUGUCUCUGAUGAAUACGGAGCCAGCCCCGGAGACGUGAGGUAUUUCCGAGUGAGAAGCAACACCCCGGACCCCCUGGGAAACACACCACCCAUCCGAGAGGAGCACUGCUUCAAUGAGUACAUGUCGAUGAAUAAGCAGCGCGGGAAAGAGAGUGCGGGUGGUAAUCAUCCCGAGGCUGAAAAGUUCUUCAAGAAGAGAACUUUCUCCCUUCCCAAACCAGCAGUUGUAACCAUGCAGCAGAAAACAACCCAAACUACUCCUUUCGACGAGGAGGCUGCUGCGAACCCCAGGCUGUUGUUCGCUUCCGAGUCGCCGCGGUCAAGAGAGACCCCAAAACUGGAGUACGGGGAGAACGGGGCCAAUCGCAACCCAAACAGAAAGAGAGCCGAGGAUGAGGGCUACAUGCCUAUGAUGCCAGGCGUGGCCGCUUCUCUGAAAAGCAACAGCGAUUACUUGCCAAUGGCUCCCAAGAGCGCUUCUGCCUCGAAAGCCAGCAGUUCUUGGUCAUCCUCUCAAAAGGACUCUCGGGGAUACAUGAUGAUGUUCCCAAGAGCUGGCCCGUCAUCCGGCCGAAACAGUCGCGGAGCUUUCGCUUCUAAGGGGGCAAGUAAUAAAGAUGAUGAUAAUGAAUACAUGGAUAUGUCCCCCGGCAAUCCCGUGCCUCCAAAGCAGUCGCACGAGGGCAAUUCUCUUCACCCUCCGUCUUUUUCCAAGAGUCUCAGCUCGCUUUUCUCCCUGCCAAAAAGUUUCAGAACGAUCACCGAACAAAGCGACGACAGUGACUAUGUCCCGAUGGCCUCGCCUGGAAGACUCCUGAGCACCGUCUCUGAAAAUGUCCCGAGGGCUAACCAGGAUGCCUUGCCCCCCAGGGACAUUGGUAAAGCUUCGGCUUUUAAAGCUCCAGACCGGGGCUUCCCACAGAGGAAGGCUGCAAGACCCACCAAACUUCCUUUGGGCACGAGAGGAAGCAGUGUCCCCAGAAUCUAUGAGCGUGCCAUCGAGGGGGACAGCCCCGGUGAGUACAUCAACAUUGACUUUAGCCGAAAACCAAAUCCACCCUAUUCCCUGUCGGCCGAGUGCUCUCCGGCUUCCUUCGGCUCCAGCGGCGACCGCACCCAGUCACCUUACUCUGAUUACAUGAGUUUCGCUCUCGACGUCAACUCACCAAAAACCGCGAAGGAGCUGGCCAACUCCUUAGCGAUGUCCGGUUCCAAUCUCCCUCGAAACCAGCUAACCGUGGACUGUGCUAGACGACCACUUGGUGCUGCUGCCCGCAUUAGUAGCCCGACUAAUGGGGAUGAUGAUUACACCGAGAUGUCUUUCAACCCAGCGGCGACAACAACCGUGCCUUUUGCUGCCCAGAGCAACGAGCCUGUCAAAAUUGAUAGCCCCUCUUCUGCCGUGAAUCGCCUUCGCAUCGCCGACACAUCUCCCGAGGGCAGCACCUUCUCCCUUCCCGAUUUCAGUCCUGACCCACCCGUCGUCCCUCAGGUGGGCAGCAGAGCCGACCCCCAAGGCAGAAGACGCCACAGUUCCGAGACCUUCUCGCCCGCGGGAGCCGCGGCCGCACCUUCGUCUCUCUUCUCUGAUAGCAGAAGGCAGAGUUCUGCAUCCUUCGACAACAUCUGGUUCAAAUCCGGUGAAGGUGCUGCCGAUUCUGAGGGGGUGAGGAUGUCGAGGGUCACUUCAGCCGGCUUUCAGAAUGGCCUAAACUACAUCGCCGUGAAUUUGCGUGAUGCCGCCGCUAAAGGUGAGGCCAGCUCAGCUGCUCCAAACGCUCAGCAGGGGAACAGAGCUUCAGCCUUGGACAGUGGCACCUAUGUGAGCAUCGACUUCUCCAAAGAUGAUAUCUUCAAGUGUACUUCUGCGAAGAAAGACUGAUUGCAUUGCCAUGGAAAUUGUUUUUAGAAGAAAGUGUUUCGUUGUGGAAUUUCAGCUGGUAUCCUCAAGACCUGCUUUUGGAGAGACCAGGGGUUUCUGAAUAGAAAGCAACUUUGGCUUCUGCAAGGACAGAAAUGGACACCAACCGUGUAAUGGCUUUAUUCACACACAAGUUGGCCAGCUGCGUUGGAUCUAGCUAUUUGGAAUCACCAAUGUUGAUAACUGUGUUUUGGGUUAUUAUUGUUGUCAUUGUUGUUGUUGUUUUCUACAGCUUGCCUCUUUAGGAGGAAACAAAUGCUGAAUGAGAAAUUCGGAGCCCCCUUCUCCUCUUGAAAAGGUUUUUCCUUCUCACACUAAGCUACACUAAGAUGGUGGCCCAUAGCGUGUUUGAGAAAUGAGCUUUCUUAUGUAGUGUAAGUAGUAGUUCUCAUAGCCUGUAAAUUUUGCUCACUUUUCAUUCCAUUUUUGAAGUCGAAAAACCUUUUGAAGGGGACAGAGAAAGAGGGAGAAUAUGAAGAACACGGGUCUAUGAUUUAGGCUCUUUUUGCUCAGUGCUACGAAAGGUAGUUCUUGAUCAUAGAGCUUGUGUUUAUGAGUUCAAUGUCAACUAAACAGAUGUCUUGAUUGAGAAUUUCUAAAACUUAAGAAGUACAGCUGAAAGGAAGACUAUCUGAUUUGGUUUUGGUUUGCUACUUGCUUAAUAUUUAAACACAACAUUAAGUUGGGGGUUUCUGUGCAUUCAAAUUGGACAUUUCCAACCAUUUUUUCUAUUUCAGAUGAUGUUUUUGUUCAAUAAGCCCCCCCCACACACAUUUAGCAAGUAGUGUCAUUAUUAUGAAGUUAUGCCAUUCCCCGCCCAUACCCCACCCCAAGUUUUGGACCAAGUUUUGAUCCUGAAAAAUAAAUUAGACUUGAUCCUCAAUUUAUCAUUUGCCUUAAAAACAAACAAACACCUUUUCAAAGGUCAUUUAUCAAUUUGGAAAAUGAGCUUACAGAAAAUGCUUAAGAAAUUAAAGUAAGCUCUGCUACUCUUGCUCUGAUUUGAGUUGGAGCUGAAUUUCAAAUUUUAAUGCUGACCUUUGAGAGUAUUUCAUUGAUUGGUGGUAAGUGCAAAGAAAUCUUACCCAGGUCUUAGAGACUGCUCGAGGGUUUGUAAGAUGGUGGUAGUACAAAUUCGUCUCACUCUAUCUACUACACCGCUACUGGCAGACCUCCUCAUUGUAUAUUGUGGAAGGGUGUGUGGUGUUUGUUUUGUGUGUGUGUGUGUGUGUGUGUGUGUGUGUGUGUGUUGUGUGUGUACCAGGUGUGCUGUGUUAUGUUUUCUGUUAUGUCUCCUGUGGUGUGUGUGUGUGUGUGUGUGUGUGUGUGUGUGUGUGUGUGUAAACUGCUUCACCUCUAACAUACAACCUCUAUAAAACAAUAUAUGGUUUCUAUAACAACUUAACCACUCGGUUUUGAUGUCAAUUAUAACAUGAAUUUUUAUUUUCAAGCAAUCUUAAAGUACAUGCUAACUCAAAAGCAAGUAUUUGAUGUCAAAUAGCAUGUACUUUUUUCCGAGCAGUCUUAAAGUACAUGCUAACUAAAAAACCAACUAUUUGAUGUCAAAUUACGUGUGCUUUUUCUGAGCAGUCUUAAAGUACAUGCUAACAAAAAAAACAAAAAACAAACAAAAAAAACAAACAAAAAAAACAAACAAAAAACAAACAAAAAACAAACAAAAAACAAAAAACAAACAAAAAAACAAAAACAAAAAACAAAAAAACAAAAAAACAAAAACAAAAAAAAACUACAAUCAUUUAAUGUCAAAUAACAUGUGCUUCUAUUUUCAAGCAGUCUUAAAGUACAUGCUAACCAAACCCUCCCCCCACCAUUUGAUGUCAAAUAACAUGUGCUUCUACUUUCAAAUAGUCUUAAAGUACAGGCUAACUAAAAACCAAUUAUUUGAUGUCAAAUAACAUUUUGAGCACUCUUAAAAUAAAGCUAACAUAAAACCCCAAUACAAUCAUUUGAUGUUAAGUAACAUGUGGUUCUAUUUUUAAGCUGUCUUAAGGUAUAUGCUAACUAAAAACAAUUAUUCAAUGUCAAAUAAUAUUUCAUGCACUCUUAAAAUACAUACUAACAAUCAUUUGAUGUCAAAUAAUAUGUGCUUCUAUUUUCUAGCAGUCUUAAGAUACAUGCUAACCAAAACAAACAAACAAACAAAUCCCAACACAAUAAUUUGAAUUUGAUGUCAAAUAACUUGUGCUUCUAUUUUCUAGCAGUCUUAAGGUAUGUGCUAACUGAAAACCAAACCAAACAAAAAAAAAUACAAUCAUUUUAAUUUGGUGUCAGAUAACAUGUGCUUCUAUUUUUGAGCAGUCUUCAAGUACAUGCUAAUUAAUAAUUAUUUGAGGUCAAAUAACAUUUUGAGUAGUCUUAAAAUACAUGCUAACAAAAAAACCCCAAUACUAUCAUCGGAUGUCAAAUAACAUGUGCUUCUGUUUUCAAGCAGUCUUAAAGUACGUGCUAACUAAAACUCCAAUUAUUUCAAGUCAAAUAACAUUGUGAGCACCCCUAAAGUACAUGCUAAUAAAAACCACUAACUUAAAAAAAACCCAAACCUUCCUUAUUUGAUGUCAAAUAACAUGUACUUUUUUCUGAGCAGUCUUGAAGCACAUGCUAACUAAAAAAACCCCAAUUAUCUGACAAAGGAGUUUAGCCCCCCCCCCUCGUGGUGGUGGAGGGUUGCUGGGUGGCAGGCUGAGCUCCUUAGCUCCCUUCUUGUGAACCUUGCCGAUGGUGAUAGUUGGUACACUUACUAGUUACUGUUGGAACAUAGACUCACCCAGUUCAAAAGUUGUAUCCCUUUCAUCAACCCUAUCCUAUUGUGCUAUGUAGUUUUUAUUUGUUCUCUAACAAUGCCAUCUGUAGACAAACUUCUUUCAAGCUUGUGUCUUUUUUUCCUUUUACAAAAAGUAAUUUGAGUGUUAAUCGUUAAGAAUUGUGAAAAGAAAAAGUGGAGUGGGGAAAAAAGGAAUGUUAACAUGACUUUAUUUCCAUGUUUGGGCCUGAGGCUGUCAGCGUGCAACAAGGGCAACACUGUAAUCUAUGCUGAAUAUAUAGGUGACCUCAAACACAACACACACACUUAGUAACAGGUACGAUAUAUGGAGCACAUAUGCAAUCUUUUGGAAUCUCUUAGUUUACAGACAAAUAACUUAUUCAGUAUUGUGCUGGAAGACAAUUGAAAAAAUAUCAAUAUAUAUGUACACACAUAUAUAUGUAUUACCUUCUGGCUGCCAGUUGACGCUGCUCUGUAUAGUAGAGAAACACCAAUGAUGGAAGGAUGUUUUGUGACCUGUAAAUUUCAUUUGCUAUUGGACAUAGUAAUUUUUGUCUGUAAAGACUAAAAUGUGUAUGGUGGAAACUGUUCGUUAUUUUGCUAUUCCUACUUCACAACUCUGUUUGGAAUUUUUCAGGCUUUGCCAUCCAUUGUAAAUAUUGUCACACUGUUUUCUCUGUAAGCACAUUGCUUCGCUGUUUGGGGAGACUGACUUGCACCUCUGUAUAGUGUUCAUAUUUAUCUGACUUGGC